UAAUACGCCGGCCAGUGAAUUUCGCACGGAGUCACCGGAGAAGCCAGCUAAUAACCAUUGAUGCCUGGCGGAGAUCAGAAUGGUUAAGCGCGAGCUAUCCAGUACUUUGAAAAACUUGAAGUUUAUGCAAAGGGCACCCAACAACAGAGAGGAGAAAGCUAAGGAGGCAGAAGAUGUCUUGCUUGAUGGUAUCUUCACUUCUUCGAGUGCUCCCAAAAGAUGGGGACAAGAAUAGCAAGUGGCUAGGUUUUUCCUUUGGCAAAAGUAUUCCAACCAAAAGGCGCGGGAAAAAUGAAUCAACGGGUGUUGUUAUUAUGGAAGGAGAUCCUCAUCCCGGGGCAAGAAGGAGCAGGAUGUCAUUUCAAAAUUUUAACCCUGUUAUUGAUGUGAGCAAAAGAAAUUAAAUGAAGAAGAGCUAGAGCCUAGCAAACUGGAAGCCUCUGAAACAUCUUCUGGAACUACAAGUGGAAUAGUUUCUAAUAGGUAACUUCAUGUCUUUAGGUUAACUACAAAUAUAAUUUGGUGAUUAUU